CGGUUUGAGCGCAAGUUCCAUCUGUCAAUCAGGCACUUUUUCCCAACUACGUGCAUCCUUCAAACUGAUUUAUCCUCGUUGCCGUCUAGAGAGUUGAAUUCUCAUAAUUUUGCCAACUAAACAAGUUCAUCGUCUUAGAUCGCGUUCGCAAACGCUUCGGGGCUCCGAUAUUGUCGUCCUCAUCUCCGGCCGCUUCGCCCCGCUUUGCCCUCGCACGCCUUCCAAAGAUCACUCACCUCUUCAAUCGCGAUCGAUCGUGAACGACGCCACCAUCAUGCCAUUCUCUGCAUCGGCCGGAGAUAGUCUCGACGAAGCCGUGGGCUACCUUGAGGCCCGCUCGCCGCCUCAUAACCACCCACUUCACCGAAGCCAGAUUCCUCUCUGCCUCCUCGAAGUUUCCUUCCAACAGUCCGUCGAAGAUCGACGGGUUGGAGCUCCGUCCCUAUCUAGUCUGGUCUUUUAUUCUUCUGUACACCGCAUUCUUUGAUUUGUUUCUGAUGGUUGAGAAUUGUCUUUGGCCUACUUGUCUGGUGGGCGAUGUCUUCUGAGGAUGAUGGGAUAUAGCGAAGAUGGCGUUGGUGAACUGUGAGCUCUUGCUGAAGAGCUUGAUUAGUUCCUAUUGAGCUUGCUACUUUGCAUUCUGUAAAUGUUCCUCUGAUAGCAUUGCUGCCUCUUAGGAAUUGGAUCAAAUAACCAGGUGGUGUCUCUCUUGUGGAGCUGACACUUUCAAUACUCCUCCAGAGGUGGCAGAUCUGUCAGGCUGUGUCCCUGUUGCAUCAAAGUUGAUUGCAGAGAUCAAGCCUCGGUAUCAGUUACACCUUGUGGGAUGCUAAACAGUGGCCAGCAGCUGUGGGCUCUGCGUGCAGAAAGGCAAUAUCGCCAAUUCAAUCAAAGGGGGCUGCUAUUCUUACUGGACUGCAAGCUGCAAAGGGGAGGGGCAAAUUCAGAUCAGGGAUCAGUUACGAUGGUCUAAACCUUGUUCACAUGACUGGUCAUCAGCCUGUCACUUGAAAGCUUUGGUGAAUGAUAUUAAAACUUUGGUUCCUGGAUUCAAUUUAGCUGAAUUUAGUCAUGUAUCUAGAGAGAAACUUACUGCUGUAUAUAACAUGGCAAACCUUGGCAGCAGUUUUGUUUUAACUUGUUCCAAGUUACUUAAGAAAUAGAAGUUUUCCAUUUUCCAAAAAACAUAAAACAGGUUUCUUGGAUUGACUGCUGUUGGAAACGAAAGAUAAACAAGGUCUGUUUCUUCAGAAUUCUGAUUCUACACUCUACAUGCUUGGUUUGUAGAUAGAUGUAGUACUAUAUUUUCCUUUCUUUUCUUUUGUUCAGAUGCAAUGUUUUGUUCUUUGUAGCUUUUACAUUUACCUGUUUUGUAUUGAACUUGUCUGCAUCAAUUGAUUUAUGGUCAGCGUUCUUCAUAAAAUAUAUGAGCCAUACUGUUAUAUUAUCGUAGUUAUACAACACUAUAGUCAAUCGAUCUUGUAUGGUGAAAUGCCAGUGUUUACUGAUCAUCUGCAAAAGCAAUACAUCUGAGUUGUAUUGUUGUUUCUUGGUACUGCCAUCUAAUCAUAACCUGUGACCACACCUGAAGUAUGUUAUGGUUGUUUGAUGCUAGGCUUUUGAACCAUUCGCUGCUUAAGGAAGGAUUCAACCAGCGACAGGAUCAAACAAUCUUUGGAAUGGCCAAACUGCAGCAGAGGAGUGGUUGACCGGAGUUGGCCCGCCAUGGCCUCUGGAUGUCUGUCCAAUGAUGAGGCAGGUAUUUGGGCAAGUAAGGAAAAGGGAGUCGUCAAGGUUCUUGCAGCACAACAAACAAGGAAGCGUGGGCACGUGUACGACGAAUGGUGCUUCUUAACCUCCUCCGGACGCACCCCGGAUCAAGAUUCAAAAUAGCAAGGUAACAACCCACGCACAACACGACUCUUUCCCCCCCCCUCUCUCUCUCCUCUCUCUCUCUCUCUCUCCCUUUCACACAGUCAUCACCCUCUCUCCUCCGAGAUUUAUUCUGUUGUGAUAUCGUCCUCGUCCCUUUCCUUGAGAACCGCUCCCCCUCCGCUUCCAAACCUCUCCUUCUUCUCCGCCUGCUUUCCGUUCAUGGGCUCGCUUUGCUGCCCGCCACCCCACCAUCCGCCCCGCCCUACGACCCUGCCGACCGAUCCGAUCGUUGCCAAGAAUCGCCGCACCAACAACCAUCACAGCAACAACAACCAAAAUAUCCUCCUCCUCCUCUUCCUCCUCUUCCUCGUCCUCCGGGUGGUGGGUGCGUGUGCCACCUUCAUCGCCACACCCCUCGAUCCUAUCAUGACCUCCGCCACCACAUCCAAUACAACUGCCACCAACACCAGCGCCAGCAGCAGCAGCAACAAUAAGAGCUCCUCCUCCCAGCCCGCCGCUAACUCCGCCUGCGCAGCCUGCAAAUACCAGCGCCGCAAGUGCAAACCCGACUGCCUCCUCGCUCCUUACUUCCCCGCCAACCAGCAGCAGAAGUUCCUCAACGCUCACCGUCUCUUCGGCGUCAGUAACAUCGUCAAGAUAAUCCGCGACCUCGACCCCUUCCAGCGCAACGAGGCCAUGAGCACCAUCAUCUACCAGUCCGACAUGCGCGCCCAUGAUCCCGUCGGCGGCUGCUACAGAUACAUCCGUGAUCUCGAGCGCCAGAUCGAUCACGACUCUACAGAACUCGCGUUCGUGCUUAGACAGCUUGCACUCUGUCGUGCGCACACAGCUCAGACCAUUACACCAGGAAUUCCUACCCUCGCACCUGAUCUGGAUGUAAACCCUAAUUUGCUUCUUAAUACACCCACCGAUGACACCGAGAAUGUGAUAUAUGAUGCCAACCUUUUCCCUUCGAUGAAUCAGCCGCAAGACCAGCAGCAGUACUACAAUUACCUCUGCUAUGACAGUGGCAUUUCUAGAGAUCCAAACAACGAUCCGAAUGCCAGUAGUAACAGCAACAGUGUUAACAACAAUGUUUUGAGUCUACAGCAGCAACAACAUCAUCAUCAUCAUCAUCAUCAUCCGCAAUCAGUGGUGCAGGAUGAGGAUGUUAAGCCUCUGGUAGAUAUGUUUGAGAUUAGGCAGACAUUGAUAGGAGGGGAUGAUGAGGGAGAUUCUAGAAUCAAUACGACUAACGAGGUCGGGCAUCUGCAUUGCAGCACAAAUUUGGAGCUUAGAGAUGAGACUAAUCAAGUGGAACACACGCAGGAACAUGAUUUGAAAGGUGCUGCAUCCUUGUUUACCCUAACCAAUUGUACUUCCUCAGGUUCAUAAUUCCCUUUUCUUGCUUAUUUCUCCUUUUCGUUUGAUUUUUUUAUUUUACAUAAAAUUCGACGAUAGCCCUUUUUUAUUUUGUAAUUUUGCUGUUAUGUUAUCGGCGGACAUAGAAUUAAUUGAAAGGAUGUGUGACAGGACGUACAAGCCAUAACCUGUAUACGGAGGUGUUUUUGUCUGAGAAAUUCACUCUUUGAUUGAAGAUGAUAGCUUUCAUGUUCCCUUUUUUCUCUCUAUGGAACUACUUACCAUAUGGAUAUUAGUGAUUGGGAUUUUGUUCCUCA